CAUGGAUGUAAAUAAUCAGUAAAAUCAAGCAUGGAAAAGGUAUUUAUCAAUAUUAAAAAGGCAUAAAAAAUGCUGAUAAAAUAUAUGAGGGUAUCUUGGAGUAAUUACAAUGGGGUUAAAAAACAACUUUUAAUGAAAAACUCUGGAUGCUGUAUAUUUUUAGGUAAAAUAAAUAAUAAAAAACUUAAUGGGUCAAGGUUAAAAAAAAGUUCAUUUGAAUAUGAGUAAAAUUAAAUUACAUUAAUUUUUAUAGAGUGAAAGCACAUUUUAUGGAUGACAAAAUUUAAGGAGAAGGACUUCUUACUACAAAGAAAGGAGAUCAGUAUUAUUAUUAUAUAUUUUAUUAGAUAUAAAGGAGAAUUUUAUGAAAAUAAAAAGUAUGGUCAUGGUGAGUUUCAGACAACAAAAGGAGAUAGGUAAAUCAUUCUAUAAUUUAGAUAUGAAGGAGAAUAUUAAAAGAUAAAAAAUAAGGAAGAGGCACUUAUUACUUUCCUAAUGGCGAUAUGUAAAUUUAAAUUUAUUAAAUGUUAGUUAUAAUAGCUAAUUUUAAGAUGAUUAGAUUCAUGGUAAAGGAGAAAUGAAAAUAUAUAGUACUGGAUAUGUGUAAAAUUAUUGUCAAUUCUAGAUAUAAUGGUCUUUUUAAAUAUAAUAAAAAG